GAGCGUCUGCUAAAUGAUGUAAAUUUCAAAACAUUAUUUACCCUUAAACUCAAUUGAGCCUUGGGAGAUGACAAUUGGGUCAUUAGACAUGUUUCACAGAAGGGCAACCUGACGACCCGAGGUAAGAAUGACUCAGUUGUAUACCUUCCCGUUGAACGGUGUUGCAACAGCACAGUUCAAUGGCUGUACCAAAAAUGGCUGAAUAAAGAUUUCUUACUCGGGCCGUUUACAUUAGAACAUUGUCACAGAUCGAUUCUGCUUACUUGGCAACUUAAGGGGUGCCUCUCCUAUAGACACAAAUGCGAACGCAGCUGUCUGGUGUGCUUAGUUUGACUAUGAACCAGCAACAAUUUGCGAGAGGGAUGUCUCGCUUCCUCUUCCGUAAUCUGCGGUAGGAAUUCGUAUCCGCCAAGCCCGGUAACGUCACUUCUCCGGGAAGAGAAGAGCUAAAUACGGAUGCCGACAAGAACGAAUGGAAUAAAAAACAGGUGAAAAGGCGGGAAGGCAUGUUUGUGUUCAUACGGAAACUAUAAACUCGUACAAAUUGACAAGGGGUCUCUGCUGUAUGGUAUUUCUCUAGCAUGCUGUUUUUAGUCCCGGAAUCUCCCCGUGUAAGCAUGGCUAGCUAACGUUAGUGAGGCUGCUACUACUAGCAAGCUAGUGUAACGAGAUCAGCUAUUUCCCAACUAAAACAUUACUUGCUAGCUACCUAAAGCUAUGUUAUGUGUUUAUUAAUUAUGCAUAUCAGUGUUGCAGAUUUCAGUCAUCCAGCUAGCUCCUUGCUGUAGAAGAUCAAUUGUGAUUUCUUCUGAGAAAGCUAAUCGAGGAUAGCAGUAGGCCAAAUUGCUUUCUGUGGCUACGGUGUGUCCUCGUUCCAACCAAUCACGGCGUAGUUAGCUGGUUAGUCACUUAAAUUUCGCGCGAGCUGCAGAUUUCCAAUGGAAUCCCACGCGCCGUGGAAUAAAAAGCCUAAAUGCAACAUACAGAUCUCAGGAGGCUUAAGCAAUAACAUUGGAAUUGUAAACUAGCCAGCUAACUUUUAUUGUUGUAUCCUUAUGGCAAUGCUGGAAAAGCAAAUAACUUCUGACAGGCCGCUUCCUUUAAUUGUCAUGUGUCACUACUUCAGUAGUUGGUCCAGAAUCAGGUUGCCCUUGGAGACGUAAUCCUGAGUGGCGCAGUGGUCUAAGGCUGUGCCACUAGAGAUCCUGGUUCGAAUCCAGGCUCUGUCGCAGCCGGCCGCGACCGGGAGACUCAUGGGCGGCGCACAAUUGGCCCAGCGUCGUCCAGGGUAGGGGAGGGAAUGGUCGGCAGGGAUGUAGCUCAGUUGAUAGAGCAUGGCGUUUGCAACGCCAGGGUUGUGGGUUUGAUUCCCACGGGGGGUGGGCAGUAUAAAAAAUAUAUAUAUAUGUAUUCACUAACUGUAAGUCGCUCUGGAUAAGAGCGUCUGCUAAAUGACUCAAAUGUAAAUGUAAAGCCAGCCUGAGACUGAUGCUUCCCUGACUCCUCCCCCAGCGAGUGAGUUGGUUUCUGGUGUUUUGGAUAUUAUUUAUUUCACAAGUCACACAAUUUUAAUGUACAGGAUACACUUUUAUAUUUUAGUCUCCUGUUUGUGUUUUCAGAUGUAGGACACCAAAUGCCUGCUGACGAGCAGUCUGCCCCCUCUGCUCAAGGUAAGUGGACAGAAAGUACUACUAGCCUACUCACAUGCACAGUAGUUGAGCUUGCAUGCGAGUGUGUAUUGACUGAGUGUAAACGGCGUCAGUGUGCUACCUUAGCAUACAACGCUGCCUCUAUGAACUUGCCUCUGACUGGGCUUUAACCAGCUUAUUAUUAAGUUAUUUUCUGUCUGUGUUUGUCUGACAGAUGCAGAGCUGGGGCAGACAGAUCCACAGAAGAUGGUGGACACUGUUAGCAGGUGAGUCAACAAACACCCACAGGGUUUAUUUGUUGUGUUCGUGUUUUGGUUGGGCUGUGUUCACAUCACAGUUGUGUUGUGGUCUCUUGUCUUCUCCAGGGGGGAGAGGGAGGAGGAGCAGCCCGGGCCUUCCAGAGUUCCUCCCCCAAGACAGGGUUACUGCAGCUGCUGCCAGAUACUCUACAACAACGUGGAGCAGCACAUCCUUAGCCCCAGACACAGGGAGGUGGUUCGUAGUGCUCGCACCCACGUCCCCUCUGGAAGCCUGAUGGAGAGAUUCCUAUCGGACGUCAUCCAGCAUCACCCGCACCUCUACAACGACCCUUGGUAACACACACACACACACACACACACACACAAUCCUUUAACAUAACCCUCUAUCCCUCUCAGUAUUAUUUCUGUCAGCCCUAGUCUCUUUCCUCUGAUUUACCUUUCUGUGUGUGUCUUAAGCCCCACCCACGAUGACCUGCCGUCUCUGAGCAGCCCGCUGGUUCCGAGGGAGGAGCUAUUGGAUCUCUGCGCCAGCGAUGAUGACGGGGCGUCGCUCGGAACCCGAGAGCACAUGCCCAGCUCUGACGACUGUUCCUGUCAGCUCCUUUACGUACAGGAAGCGGAUGUUGCCUCGGAAACAAGGACCAGCCAACCAGAAGAAGGUAGAGGGGGAAAUGCGGGGUCAGAGAGGUUAACCCCAACUGCUCCAGACCAGGACACAAGACCAAGUUCUGGGGAAGGGACCCACUCGCACACACCUUCCCCUGACCACUUACCAACACACUCCACGAGACCUUGUAGCCAGAAGCAAACCCCUCCUCCGCUCCACCGGAAAGCACACAGGAAGACCAACCGGCGGAGAGAGAGAGGGAGCAACUCCUCCUAUUCCUCCAUCCAUCCCCCCCGCUCCCCCGCUUCUCCACAGUUGUGUGCUACCCCAAUGGAUCAGAGAGACCAGAAAACACCAGAGAACCAGCCUCCCUCCAAGCCGAGGGACCGGACCCCAGACCCCAAGCCCCGGACAGUAAACACUGGCUGGGCCGCGUGGGCGGGGGUGCCCCCCUGGAGGCGGAGGGAGACCCAGAAGGAGCAGGCAUUCUCCAGUGACCAUUCCGACCCUGAGGGGGACACGAUAGAGGAGGUGAUCCAGAGAUACUGCUACGGCCGCAGUCCCACACAACACCACCAGAGGGACCUUAACAUAUGGACAGUGGGGGAGAGAGGGGGGACAGGGGGGGAGAGAGGGGAGCCAGGGGGGGAUAUGGACAGCUUCCACCUUAGCCUCCCUGGCUCACUGGGAGUGGGUUUGGAAUCAGAGGACAGUGAGGACUGGGACACCCCUGUGCAGGUGGCUAUUGGGAGGGGGCAGGAGCGGAGGAAGGACACCCCUGUGGUAGUGGGCUUAAAGCAGGGUGGAGGGGAGCGAGAGGGCAGGGACCUGGCCUGUCUCAUGGAGGUACAGGUAAACAUGGAGGACCAGAUGUACACCAGCCAGCUGGACUCUGCCCUCAACCCUGAGACUAGGACAGUGGGAGAGAGGGGGGAGACAGGGAUGGGGGAGACAGAGGGAGAAAUGGAGCUAAAGGUGGAGGAGAUUCUCCCUGCACUCCCCCACAUCCCUGUGUCCUUCCUGGGGAAGACGUGGACCCAGGUGCUGCUGGAGGACGAGCAGAAGGUGGAGAACAUGGUUCGAGAGUUCCGAAAGGGAAGGUUCCUCUGCUACUUCGAAAGCGAAUCCCUCGCCAGGUACGCACAGAUGAGAUUUUGACCUGACUCAUCAGGAUUAUUUCUACAUUAUUGAAAUCCACCAAACAGCUACUUUUUUCUCUCCUAAUUUGUAUAUUUCUGAUGAUGUCAUUCACAGGUACGGGAAGCGGAGCAGCAGCGAUAAGGGGCGUGGCCAGAAAGAGGGGAUGGAAGACAGGGGGUGGGUUCCCCUUGGUGACCAUGACAAUGACGACGACCCAGAAUGCCACAAGAGUGGGAGGGAGGUGCUUAGGCGGAGGAAAGUUAGUAGGAGUUAUCGCCUGGCGUCCAGGUGUCAGGUGGUCAAAGUGAGUCACGGGACACAGACUACAGCAACCGUCAUCCCCACCAUCCGACAGAGAACACUGGACCAGACAGGCACAUCCCCGGACAUCCUAACGCUGCCCUGUCAGGACCCCAGCGUUGACCAGAAGACCCCAGAGAUAAAGACAAGGCUGUGCUCUCUCCGCCUGCCUGCCUCCUACUCCCGCAUCAUGACCCCCCUGCAGCCCAAAACCACUCUGGUCUAUGUCCUCUCCUCCCCCGAAACUCCUUCCUUCGACCCCAAGCCCCGCCUCAGACCCAUCGCAAGGGGCAACCGUGGCAGGAAGAGGUCAUGUGACGGGGGUGAAAGCGACGUGGGGGCCAAGGUCAAAUACAAAAGGGUUCCUUUGAGGUACUAUGACCCUGCCACCCACCGCAUUCUGAAGACCCCCCCCAAGGGCUUAAACCUCACCCCCUCCUCCUCUGGCCUCCCCAGACCCCCCCAGUCCCACGUGGUCAGACAACUGUUCAGGAGCCUGAGUCCAGACAUCAAUACAGAGAGACAAGGGGGAGAGGCGGGGAGAGAUGGGUUGGGGGGAAGGAGGAGGGGUCGUAGCGGGGGCAGUGUGGCGUCAGGCUCACUCUUAGAGGCAGGGGGGUCAUUUGGGGCUAAAGGUCAGGGUUCAUCUGUUGCAGGGUCAUCUGUGAACACGCCCUUCAGCCAGUCCUCUCUGUCCAAUAGCAGCCGAUUCCUACUGAGCACGCUCUCUCCCGACACAAACUCUAACCCCGAAGUGACCCAGAGCCGGAGUGGGGGUCGAGGAGGAGGGGGACGGAAGUUAAAAACGGACCGACCUCUAACCCCUGAGAAAGGCCACUCUCCUCCAUACAGGCCUUGGACAAGAGGGGGUAGGAGAGAGCGACUACCAGCAACACGCAGCUCAAAAAGGGGGCGACCACCUCAAAUCAGCCCUCCCCCUAAACCUCCACCACCCCAGGACCUCUCUCCCACAGUCAAGCCCAGGAAAGGGCCCUCGAGACGGGUCGCAGAGAGUAAGAAACUCCCCAGGCCCAAAAGCCCAGCCAAGGCCUCAGCUCAGAGAGUGCCUUCGACCCCUCUGAAACAGGCCAUCAGAACACCAAGCCGCCGGUCGUCCCCCCGACAAACCCCUGCUCCACUGACCAACCGAACACUGAGGAGGAGAGUGAGGAGAUGACGGGAUGCAUCUCAACAGUCUACAGUGGCUUCCUUUCCUUGUCUCCUUUCCUCCAGCUGCACUGACAUGAAAUAACGGGCGUGUUUAGCAGGGUGAAUGUUCAUAAUGUAGCAGAUACAAAUGUUAUUACUUCACAUGAUAAGAGAGCUAUGUCUGCUCCAUUUCAUUACAAUUCUACCUGAAGCCGGUGAAUGUUUCCAGAUUGAUUUCUCCUGUCCUGUUUUCAGUGCAGAUGAAGGAGAGGAGAUGAGCAUCUAUUGAGAUGGACCCUGGUUCUCUGAAGAGACUGGGUGAGAGAGAAUGUAGAAAGGUGGAGGAGAGAUUGCCUCUUCCUCCCUCCUCCGCUUCCCAUGUUUUGCACAGAAACCAGCAGCAGAAGAGUUAGCAGGAUGUUUUCUAGCUGUCUGUUUUGUCAUGGUGGUGGUUGUGUUCUCAGUUUUUUUUUUUUACAAUCAGGAUAUUUUUUAAAGUUUAUAAUGGCAUUUUUUGUGAAAAGGCAUUGUUUAUUUAAUAAAUAAUGUACAUGAAUUAUAACAUUCUGUCAUAGGUUUCUUUAAUGAAAGAGCAGAACCAUUUCAGGACAACUGUACUUCAUACAAAUAUCAGUUUCAUAUAUAUUACACAGGAAAGUAUGGAAUUUACACAACUCACAUCAUCAGGCGUCAAAGUCUAGGGAAGCCUUCUGGAUACAUGCUCUGGCCUGUGGUUGUGUGGGAGGAUGGGGACAUGAAUUGUGUGUGCGAGUUUGGGACAGAGUGUGUGUUCACUGCAGAGACGAGAUGACACACAGAGUCCCCCACUUCCUCUGCAGCCUCCAACAACCCCAACUCCCGUCUGCAGCCUGGAGAAACAUACUCAUACCUUAAUACACACACACACACACACACACACGUGUGUAGUAGUGUUUGUGCAGGACGAUAGAGCUCACCCGUAAACUCACCUGUAUGUGUGUGAGUGUGUAGCGACAGCUCACUUAUUAGUCGUUGCACCAGCUCACACAGUCGCUCCUCCUCCACUAAACUACACAUCCCAGAAUACUCCUCUUCAGAGACACGCUGGUCUUUCAUCGGCCCAGUGACCUGCCCAUCACAAGGCUGUGGGUUAGAGGUAAUUCUCCCGUGCAUUGUGGGAGUAUGAGUCUGCUCCUCAUCAUCAUCAUCACCUCUCUGUUCUUCUGUCUUCAUCUCAUCCCUCUGCAUCUUCUCUGUGUAACAUUCUUCCUCCUCUUCCCUCUCCUCUUCCCUCUCCUCCUCCUCUUCUUCCCUCUCCUUCUCCCCUUCUCUCUCUCUUUCUCUCGAUCCAGAGGACGAUGCAGAGCUCUGGGACUCUACGGGAGAGGCUAUGUCUCUCUCUGGCCUGUAGUUAGCAUGUGGCAUGACAUCAGCAUGUGGCAUGACAUCAGCAUGUGGCAUGACAUCAGCAUGUGGCAUGACAUCAGCAUGCGGCAUGACAUCAGCAUGUGGCAUGACAUCAGCAUGUGUCCCUGACAUGCUUAGAGCCUGUUGAAAGGAAGAAGGACAUUUUAGCACAUCGAGUCAGGCCUGUAGUCUGAGGUGUGUGUGUGUGUGUGUCUAUCUGUGAGAGCAUGUCCUGCAGUCUGAGGUGUGUGUGUCUACCUGUGAGAGCAUGUCCUGCAGUCUGAGGUGUGUGUGUGUGUGUCUACCUGUGAGAGCAUGUCCUGCAGUCUGAGGUGUGUGUGUGUGUGUCUACCUGUGAGAGCAUGUCCUGCAGUCUGAGGUUGUGUUGUCUCAGAGUCUCCAUGUUGGCCUCCAUCUCACAGCAGCGGUCCUCCAGCGAGCCCUGCUCCGAUUGGACCGCUACCCUCCACACCUGCAGCUCCCUCUCCAGCAGCCUAGACACACACACACACACACACACACACACACACACACACACACACACACACACACACGUGUAAUGAGCAUCACCCAGGCUAUAGGUUAGGAGGUUAGAAUGCUACAGUGAUUGAGGAUCACCCAGGCUAUAGGUUAGGAGGUUAGAAUGCUACAGUGAUUGAGGAUCACCCAGGCUAUAGGUUAGGAGGUUAGAAUGCUACAGUGAUUGAGGAUCACCCAGGCUAUAGGUUAGGAGGUUAGAAUGCUACAGUGAUUGAGGAUCACCAUUUGUCCCUCUGCAGGUCCCUGAUGUCCUUAAUGAGGACAGAGUCUCUCCUCUGGGGACAGAAACAACACAGACAUGAAUCAAUAGAGGAUCUAGUGGAGCGUAUCAAUAAUCUUCUGAUGAUUAAUUUAGCAUAAAUCUGAACCAUACUGAAAAUCCACUCGGCUGAGAGGUGAGGUGUAAAGGGCGGGGGGUGAGGUGAAAGGUCACCUGUGGCUGUGCUUCCUCCUGCUCUUCCUCAGUCUGUAGGGCUUUAGAUGCCUUCCUGAUCCUGACAGAUGGGGGUGUGGCCAGC